CAACAGAAACCUUUACAGUGUAAUUCAUCUCUCGAGCAGCUGCUCACCGAACUUGAAGACUUUCUGAGGAUCCUGGACAAGGAGAACUUGAGCAGCACUGCUGUUGUGAAGAAGAGCUUCCUCUCUGACCUUCUGCGGGUCUACACCAAGUCCAGCGGUGGCGAUGAGGAAUAUAUUUAUAUGAACAAAGUGACCAUCCAUAAACAGCAAGGUGACCAGGAGAAACAAGACAAAGCACCGGAUCGGAGAAACUCUUUGACCAAUGGAGACUCAGGACUGCAUUCAUCCCCUCCUCAGAAAAGCCUGCCGGACCUCCCCCCUCCAAAGAUGAUUCCUGAAACAAAACAACCUCCAGUCCCCAAGAUCGACUCUCCAGAGGCAUAUUAUGAAGAGGCCGAGCCAUACGAUGUCUCUGUAAAUGAAGAUGGUGAAGCUGUUAGUAGCUCCUAUGAAUCUUACGAUGAAGAAGAGAGCAGCAAAGGCAAGUCAGCAACCCACCAGUGGCCAUCCACGGAAGCCACCAUUGAGCUGAUGAAGGACGCCCGCAUCUGUGCAUUCCUGUGGAGAAAGAAGUGGCUGGGACAGUGGGCAAAGCAGCUGUGUGUUAUCAAGGACACCAGGUUACUGUGCUACAAGAGCUCCAAAGACCACAGCCCUCAGCUCGACGUGAAUUUGCUGGGCUGCACUGUCAUUCACAAGGAAAAGCAAGUGAGGAAGAAAGAGCACAAGCUGAAGAUCAUCCCUAUGAAUGCAGAUGUCAUCGUGCUGGGGCUGCAGAGUAAAGACCAGGCAGAGCAAUGGCUCAGGGUCAUCCAGGAGACCAGUGGUCUGCUGUGCGAAGGAGGUGGUGAAGGCAACCAGUACAUCCCAGAUUCACAGCGUCUCAGUUACCCAAAGGUGGAGAUAUCUGAAAGGUACUCUGCAGCCUCCGAGAGCGGGAGCAGCACGGACGGCCACCCAGAGACAGCCGAGACGAAAGAUGUUAAGAAGAAGGGCACAACUGGCCUGAAACUGAGCAACCUGAUGAACCUCGGGAGGAAAAAAUCCAGCUCCCUGGAUAGCCCAGAGCGAUCCUUGGAGACUUCAAGUUACCUGAAUGUCCUAGUGAACAGCCAGUGGAAAUCCCGUUGGUGUCAGAUAAAAGACGGUCACCUCCAUUUCUACCAGGACAAGAACCGAAGUAAACUGGCUCAGCAGCCCCUGAGUUUGGCAGGUUGUGAAAUUAUCCCAGAGCCAAGCCCUGAUCACCUCUACUCCUUCCGCAUCCUGCACAACGGGGAAGAACGGGUCAUUCUGGAGGCGAAGACCUCAGAAGAAAUGGGCCACUGGCUGGGCCUCCUCUUGUCAGAGUCAGGUUCAAAAACAGACCCGGAGGAAUUUACCUACGAUUAUGUGGAUGCUGACCGGGUUUCCUGCAUUGUGAGCGCUGCAAAGAACUCUUUCUUCUUAAUGCAGAGAAAGUACUCGGAGCCCAACGCCUACAUCGACAACCUGCCCAGGGGCAAGGCGCAGCAGGAGGAGCUGUACGAUGAUGUGGAUCUGCCAGACCUGCCUGUGGAAGAAGCACCUAGGAGUGAGAGCAAAUCAGAGGGAGACCAAGACAGAGUGUACCUGGAUCUCACCCCAGUGAAGUCCUUCCUACACUGUGCUGGCAAGAAGUCGUGCGAGCAUUCACCCCUCAGCUCACCGCCUUUAGAAAGGGCUGCCAACAAGACUACAGCAGAGAGCACAGCUGAGACAGCCCCUGUGGCUAAGGAAGCUGAGCCCAGUAGUAAGGCAAUGGAGACCUCAGAGCAGAAACACCCAGAGAAGCCAGAGCCUGACGAGGCACUGCCACGGACGCCCGCUGUCAAGAUCCAGGCACAGCAGCAGAAUAUCGCCUUCCCCCAGCCAGCCCCCGAGCUGCUGGCAGGCACGGCGACAGUGGGCAGUCCCCAGCCACCAGCAGGCACGGUGACAGCCGGCAGUCCCCAGCCGCCGGCAGGCAUAGUGACAGCUGGCAGUCCCCAGCUGGCACCCGCGCACCGGCCCAAGAUGCCACUGCCGACUGCAGCAGUGGAAACCAAGCUGGGCAAAAACAGGACAGAGGCGGAGGUGAAGAGGUUCACAGAGGAGAAGGAGCGGCUGGAGAAGGAGAAAGAUGAAAUCCGGGCUCAGCUCACCCAACUGCGCAAGGAGAGGCGCGAGCUGAAGGAAAUGCUCAUGGGCAGCACAGACAAGAGCCUGGAGCAGAGGCUAAAGGGGAUAGAAGAAGAGUGCAAAAGGAAGGAGGGCCGGAGGGUGGACUUGGAGCUAAGCCUCGUGGAGGUGAAGGAGAACCUGAAGAAGGCAGAGUCUGGUCCUGUGACACUGGGCACUGCAGUGGACACCACACACCUGGAGAACGCAGCCCCCCGGAUCCAGGCAAAAAAUGCCAGUCCAGCAAGCAGCGCAGAGAACUCACCAGUCAAUUCAGCAACAGCUUUGAAAAACCGGCCUUUAUCCGUCAUGGUGACAGGGAAAGGAACAGUUCUACAGAAGGCUAAGGAAUGGGAGAAGAAGGGAGCUAGUUAGAACCACGUUUUUCAGAGAUGGACUAAAGACUGGGAUUGCCCAUGCAUGGCCAAGGGGAUUCAACCAUCUGUAGGUGGAGGUUGGACAUGCAAGACAACCAUACGCCAAGCGUCUCCUCCACGUCGCGCCAACUGCUCAGCCGCAGCAAUGGAGUCAACAGCUGCUGAUAUAAAUUAUCCCAAAUGAUCUUGCUCUUUCCAGACAGGUCCCAAUCACGUAGCUAAAACAAUAACAACCAGUGGCAAUCCUUGCAUCAAGUUCCUAACCCAGUUGAUGUAAACACGAAUGUUACUGUACAUAGGGGUGUUUUGUGUAUUUCUACUCUGAAGGUUUAUCAA